UGCUGUUCUGGCAAGGGGAUGCUGACUCAGGGAGGGGCAGGAGCCAGACAGCCCCAUUAUCAUGGGCAGGAAGGUGUUUCCAACUCUGCAGAUUGGCCCGUGUAUUGCUGAGCCAUGGCAAGGCUGGUAUAAAAGCCGUGCCUCUGCCAGUCUCUCCCAACCACCACUCUGGUCGCCUUCUCCUCGAGGAACAGGAGCACCAUCCCAUCGCACACCAAGAUGUCUUGCUACGACCUGUGCCCACCAAGAACCGGCGUGGCCGUCCCCCAGCCCACCGCUGAGAGCUGCAACGAGCUGUGCGCCUGCCAGUGUCCCGACUCUUCAGCCUUCAUCCAGCCACCGCCUGUGGUUGUCACCUUCCCCGGCCCCAUCCUCAGCUCCUUCCCCCAGCAAGCCGUGGUGGGCUCCUCCGGAGCACCCGCCUUUGGGGGCAACCUGGGGCUGGGAGGCCUCUACGGUGCCGGGGCCACUCAGGCCUCGGGGGGUCUCUGCACCUUUGGCAGACCCUACGCUCCUGCUGCCUGCAGCCCUCUGGCUCUGCCCCGCUACAGCCAGAGGCUCUGGAACUCCUGUGGCUCCUGCUAGAGCCAGCCCCACGUUCCCCAGAGUUCCUGGGACACCUCACCCUUAGGCCUCCUGUCAUUUUUUCUCCGAUUUCCCUCUGUCCGUGAUGCUUUUUCUUCUUGCUCCUUCCCAUGCCCAUGUGUGUCACUCCACCAGUGCUCCAUGAGGAAAUUGCUUAUCUCUGAAGCAGCCACUGCCUGGUGAAAGCCUGAAGAAAAACCUCACCUGAAGCCCAAAAGGAAAAUCUGCAUGUUUCAGCCUUAUGUUUCUUUCUUUACUGCAA